AUGUGUUCCCGACGCCUUCAGGUCACUUACAUUAUGAACAUUCCGCAGCAUGUCGUCGUUAUCGGAGCUGGAGCAGUAGGCGCUUCUGUAGCCUAUUUUCUAUCAAAGAAGAAACCCGAUCUGAAAAUCUCCGUUGUGGAAAAAACCGGAAUUGCGCAAGCAGCUUCAGGAAAGAGUGGAGGCUUCCUGGCUUUAGACUGGUGUGACUCGUCAGAUCUAGGUCCAAUAGCAAGGAAAUCUUUUCAGCUUCACGAACAGCUUGCUAAGGAGCUGGAUGGUGCAUCCUAUGGCUACCGGAGAGUAGACGCCUUUGAUGUGACAUUUGCAACACCAGAAACAGGAAAAGGUUUACCGAACGUUGCAUGGAUCAAUGACAAGAGCGUAUCAUACUUUGAUGUUAUUGGAACUACAAAUACAUGUGCUCAGGUACACCCAUUCAAGUUUACCAACGCCAUGAUCGACGAUGCUAAGAAGCGAGGUGUUAAAGUCUUAUGUGGCCAAGGUGUAAAAGAAUUGAUAUUGGACGACACUAGUGGACAGUCAAAGGGAGUAGUGCUGGAAGACGAUAGCAUCAUCGAAGCUGAUGUGGUGGUUGUGUGUAUGGGACCGUGGAGUGGCCAGUUACCUAUUCAAACUACUGGAACGCACAUUGCACGCCUUCCAAUCUCAGGAGCACGCGCACAUAGCAUUGUGAUGAAACCUCGUUUUGAGAUACCCCCACAAGCUAUUUUCACUCAUACUUUACUAGGUGGAAAGCACUAUCAUCCAGAGAUAUAUCCACGACCAGAUUCAACUGUCUAUGUGUGUGGCGGUCCUGACGAUGAACCGCUUCCACCAUCUGCUGCAGAAGUGAAGGUCAACGUAACUUCCAUUGAUACCAUUCUACAACUUUCUUCUAUGGCUUCGCCGUCACUAUUAGAUGGAGCUGAGAUCCUUACCAGGCAAGCAUGCUACCUUCCUAACUCCAGCGAUGGUCUUCCCUUGAUCGGCGAAUAUCCCGGCAUUCCAGGCCUCUAUGUGGGCACAGGACACUCAUGCUGGGGUAUACUCAAUUCACCAGCAACCGGUCUAAUGCUAUCAGAGCUUAUAUUGGAUAAGCAAAUAAAGUGCGUUCCUGAAGCAGCGGUGGAAGUGGUCAGCCUCAAGUACAGAUGUUGUUGACUGGCUAUAAUGUAUCUGGAAAUGAUCAUAAUAUACAUGCCCCUUGUAAUACUACUGCCUUUCAGAUUUCCUAGAAUCAAAUGUGCCCCUUUAUUGUUAAACAUACGCAUUAUCAGUGUGCUAAUGAUUUUCAUUUCAGCUAUCAGCCACAUGCAUCAUUAUCUUUUUUGAAAUGAAUAUUAAGCAAUUGAUACGACUAUUAUGAUCCCGUAAUUGCUGAUAUCGAUGACAAAAUUUAGUGCCGUAGAGCUUGUUGAUGCUAUACAUCUGUUUUACUUCACCCUGUCAGAAUUCUACAUUUUGAUACGAAGCCUAACCUUUCGUGUCUUCGCUAAAUAAAGGCUCCUUGUCAUUAUCAAGGUGCCGACGUACUAGAGAUUUGCCAUUGAU